AUGAAUCACUGGCUCACCGAGAUGACCGGUCUCUCGGAGAUGAGCCUGCAGCUCUUCGAGUUCACGAAGAACCGCGUGAUGCCCAAUGGCGAGUCCACGGCCGAGAUCCUGUAUAACUGCAGCGGAUGGGUGUCACACCACAACAACGACCUUUGGGGCGAUACUGCUCCCCACGACGAGUUCACGGGGAACACUUCAUUCCUCCACACCACUGCCAUUCCCAUUCUGACUGGACUGGUGGAGUUCUACAAUGACUUUCACAUCGAACGUGACGGCUACCUUGUCACGGCACCCAGCGCUUCCACGGAAAACACAUACAUCACCUCUGAUGGCGUCUACAACGCCAUUGUCAUUGGCCCAACAUCCGAUCAAUACUACCUACGCGAGAUCCUAACCAACUUCCUCAAUGUAUCGAGCAUGACAGACUCCAAGCACAUAGUCCCGCAAGCCACCAAAAUGCUGUCCAAAAUCCGCACACCUUUCUUGCCGAAUGAAUAUGGUGGCAUCCAAAAAUGGUGGGAUGACUGGCAGGAGGACUACAACUCCCAGCCGAUGAUGGACCCCAUCCUCGGCCUGUAUCCUUUCGCGGCCAUCUCCACCUGGCAGCCUAACGGUAACGUCACGCAAAUGGCCGAGACGAGUUUGAACGACUACCUCCAGGAGACUCAGGGCAACUCGUGGAGCAUUGUCUGGCCCAUUGCCUACUUUGCGCGUCUAUGGCAGGCAGAGAACGCGCAUGUGUACAUCCAGAAGACGCUGCAGACCUUGGUCUCGUACUCGGGUAAUCCCUGGACCAUGAAUGUCGGCUACUACCAGAUUGACGGGAACUUGGGAUAUGUGGCUGGCACCACCGAAAUGCUGCUUCAAUCCCAAGGACCGGCGGAGGAAUGGCCAAUCAUGCUUCUCCCUGCAUUGCCAUCGGAGUGGUCGACGGGAUGGGUACAGGGACUCGUGGCUCGGGGUGGAUUCGAAGUGAAUAUCGAGUGGGCCAACGGCUCUUUCCAACAAGCCAAUGUCUACUCCCGCCUCGGGCGCGACAUGAACAUCACCGUGUUCAAUCUCCCUACCGGCAAGAACACUUUCACGAUCAAGGAGCUUGGUCUCACCAGCCACAAUGGGUACAUUGCCACCACGUCUACCCAAGGCAAGGCAAGAACUACUCGAUAG